CGUAUAAAGAUCUCUCCGUCAGUGGCACCAUCUGAGAAAAUGGCUUCCAGAUCGUCUCUCCUAGAGGAGGAUCUCUCUUGUCCUGUGUGUGGGGAAAUCUUCAAGUGUCCUCUCAUCCUGUCCUGUAGCCACAGCUUCUGUAAAGAAUGUCUGGAGAAGACCUGGAAAAAGACCCCGUCUCGGGGCUGUCCACUUUGCAGGAGCACAUCUUCGAUGGAAUUACCUAACCUGGCUUUGAAGAACUUGUGUGAGUCCUUCUUACAGAUGACUGAAAAGAGAGGUGAGACGAGUCUGGAUGAAGUCUCAUUCCAGACUGGCCUAAAGCCCCUUGAAGAGAAGCUGAAGGACUUUAAGAAAAUUCAACAAAUCUGUGAUCAAACAACUAAACACAUUAAGAGCCAGGCCCAGAACACAGAGAGGCAGAUUGAGGAGGAGUUUGAGAAGCUUUACCAGUUUCUACGACAGGAAGAGAAGGCCAGGAUAGCUGCAGUGAGGGAGGAAGAGCAGCAGAAGAUUCAGAUGAUGAAGAAGAUUGAAGAGAUGACCAGGGGUACAUUAUCACUUUCAGACACGAUCAGAGACAUAGAGGAGCUGCGAACUGAAGACAUCUCAUUGGUGCAGGACCCAGUGCACACUGCCCAAUCCAAAGCUGCUCUCAGGAGCACUGAUAAAUGUAGCCAAACACCUGGGCAACCUGCAGUUCAGAAUCUGGGAGAAGAUGCAAGGGAUCAUCAAACACAGUGAGUACGGCACAAUACAAUACAUCUAUUAAUAUGGUAAGUACUUUCAUAAUACAUUAUUGAUAGUUUAUUUUGAAGGA